AAUUUUUUUAGAAGCAAACAGCACCGGUUUUUUUUUUUGUUCAUAUAAAUUUAUACAUUUACCACUUUUUAAAGAAAUUAAUGUGUUAAAUUAUAAAUUAAAUAAUAUCUUAGAGUACGUUUGUUUCAUAUGCAUCUGAAAUGAGCGACUCUAAAUCCUCACGUUCUUCCUCGCAAGUUUCUCUGCUGGCUAACAAACCGGCCAAUUUGCAGUGUAAAGAUUUUCAAGAAUACCUGAGAACACGUUCUGCGGAUACCUUGGAACGACUAUACAACUAUCCCACAAUAUGUUUGGCGGUCUAUAGGGAACUGCCGGAAAUAGCAAGGCAGUUUAUAAUACGCAUAUUGUUUGCCGAACAACCAGUACCUCAGGCUGUCGUAGCCUCUUGGGGUUCACAGCAUUAUGCCAAAGAACAACAAGUUUCCACUAAUACCUUAAGUGAGCUCAAUGUUUGGCGUACGACUGCCAUACCGGGUGGUUUAUCGGCCUGGGAAUUGUGCCCUACCUUCAAGAAGAAUCUAAAAAUCGCUUUAUUGGGAGGAGGUAAACCUUGGUCGAUGUCUCAUACUUUGGAAAAAGAUUCCAAGCCACGUGAUAUAGCUUUUCUCGAUCAAUAUGCCAUGUCUAGAUGGCGUUGUGUGCUUCAUUAUAUGGUGGGCACGGGCGGUUCGGGUAAAAGUCAAGAAAGCGAAGUCAUUAGCCCUGAUGCUGUGAGGAUACUAUUACAUGCUAAUCUUAUGAAGCGUGAGGAUUCGGUUAUAACCAUAACACGUCAGGGUUUCCAGUUUCUUUUGCUGGAUACACAAUCCCAGGUUUGGCACUUUAUGCUGCAGUAUUUAGACACCUGCGAAGAGAGAGGUCUAUCUUUGCCCGAGUGUCUGAGCAUGUUGUUUCAACUUAGUUUCUCUACUCUGGGUAGAGACUACAGUUCUGAGGGCAUGUCACCCAAAAUGUUAACGUUCCUGCAACAUUUAAGAGAAUUUGGUUUAGUAUUUCAACGCAAACGUAAAGAGGGCAGAUUUUAUCCCACCCGCUUGGCUUUAAAUGUCACCAAUAAAGCAGCUACUGUGCCAGCGGUCGUUUUGGAAGAGGAAAAAUCUCAGGAAAGUGGCUACAUAAUAGUGGAGACAAAUUAUCGUGUUUAUGCCUAUACUGAUUCACCUUUACAAGUCGCUGUCUUGGGUCUAUUUACAGAAUUACUGUAUCGUUUUCCCAAUUUAGUGGUGGGUGUCUUGACUCGCGACUCUGUGCGUCAGGCUCUCAGAGGAGGCAUUACGGCCGAUCAAAUUAUAAGCUAUUUAGAACAAUACUCUCAUCCCAAUAUGAAAUUAACGGAAUCGGCUAUUAAGUCAAAAUCUCCCUUACCACCCACGGUAGUGGAUCAAAUUAAACUGUGGGAAUUGGAACGUAAUCGUUUUACCUAUACCGAGGGUGUGGUAUAUAAUCAAUUUUUAUCGCAGGCCGAUUUUGUAACCCUACGCGACUAUGCUCAAUCGAUUAGUGUGCUGGUGUGGCAAAAUGAAAGAACACGUACAAUGGUAGUGACGAAAAAUGGUCAUGAUGAUGUUAAGAAAUAUUGGAAAAGAUACUCAAAGAGUGGUGGCUAAUAAAGAGAAGGGAAUACUUAGUUAUUCGUUAAGUUUAAGUUUUAGAUUUAAAA